AUGUCUAAGAUCACAGUCGCCGGAGUGCGCCAGAAUGUCCAGCAGCUGCUGGACUACUCUCUCAAUGAGAAGAAGAGGAACUUCCUCGAGACCGUCGAGCUCCAGAUCGGUCUGAAGAACUAUGACCCCCAGCGUGACAAGCGUUUCUCGGGUACCAUCAAGCUGCCCAGCGUUCCCCGUCCCGGAAUGACCAUCUGUAUCCUUGGUGACCAGCACGACAUUGACCGUGCCAAGCACCUUGGUGUUGAUGCCAUGUCCACCGAGGAUCUGAAGAAGCUGAACAAGAACAAGAAGCUUAUCAAGAAGCUCGCUCGCAAGUACGAUGCUUUCUUGGCUUCCGACUCUCUGAUCAAGCAGAUCCCCCGUCUUCUGGGUCCUGGUCUGUCCAAGGCCGGUAAAUUCCCCACCCCUAUCUCCCACGCUGAGGACAUGGGCAACAAGAUCACCGAGGUCAAGUCCACCAUCAAGUUCCAGCUGAAGAAGGUUCUGUGCCUGGGUGUUGCCGUCGGUAACGUUGGCAUGACCGAGGAGGAGCUCAUCUCCAACGUCAUGAUGUCCAUCAACUACCUCGUCUCCCUUCUGAAGAAGGGCUGGCAGAACGUUGGCAGUCUUGUCAUCAAGGCUACCAUGUCUCCUCCCAAGAGACUCUACUAG